CUGGCAGUGCUCAUUUCUUUUCCAUCCUUCCGUUUGCCUCCUCCGUUGCUGUUUCUGAUGAAUCAUUCCCGGCUGCGUCUGUGCUGAAGCCGGAGCCUGUUUUUUUUUCCUUCCUCCGCCGCUGUGCCGCUCCAGAGAUGACAUGAGAUGAGAGGAGGACUGGAGGGGGGAGAUGCUGAAUCGUCUGCGUGAAAUGCUGGGCAUGACAGCACAUCCGUUCUCGUUUCAGAGCGUGUGCCGCGACUCACACAGCAUGACGGAGGAUCCGGCGGCCGCCCGGCCGCAGCACGCAGACUGAAAAAAGACGCAGCGCAACCCUGGAUCGUGCUCUCGCGGUGGAUGGGAAGAUGUAGCUGGACAUUGAACGAAAGAAAAACGUGAUCGUUCACAAGCUCAGGUCAUCCCUGGGAAGUGCGUGGCCCACGGAGCACCACCCACCAUGUCCAAGAAGGCACCCAGUGGGCGGAGCAAAGGGGAAAAGCCUGAUGCCAUGGCAGCCCUGCAAGCAGCCAAUGAGGAGCUGAGGGCCAAACUCACGGACAUUCAAAUCGAACUGCAGCAAGAGAAGAACAAGGUUAGUAAGCUGGAGAGGGAGAAGACACAUGAGGUCCGUCAUGAGCAGCACAAGUCUGCGGUGGUGGUGACGGAGCUGAAGGCCAAGCUGCACGAGGAGAAAGUGCGGGAGCUGCACGGCGUCCGGGAGACGCUGCUGCGGCAGCAUGAGUCUGAGCUGCUGCGAGUCAUUAAGAUCAAAGAUGGCGAGAUCCAAAGGCUGCAGGCCCUCGUUAACGCACUCCGAGAUGGCUCUACAGACAAGGUGAAAUCGGCGCUGAUGGCGGAGGCUCGUGAGGAGGCGCGACGGGGGUUUGAGCUGGAGCGUUCGCGGCUGCAGCAGGAGAUCUCCGAGCUGAAGGGGGUGAAGCGGCAGAUGGAAGAAGCGCUGAAUGUGGCCGUGCAGGCAGACAAGAUCAAAGCAGCGGAAAUCCGGAGCGUCUACCACCUCCACCAGGAGGAGAUCAGCCGCAUCAAGAAAGAGUGCGAGAGGGAGAUCCGCAGACUGAUGGAUGAGAUAAAGGUUAAAGAGCGGACUGUGGUCAGUCUGGAGAAAGAGUUGGGGGUGCAGGCGAGCCAUGCACAGCGGCUGCAGCAGCAGAAGCAGGCCGUAACCGACCAACUGAAUCUGCUCAGCCCCAAGAGAGAGGGCCCCAAUUCAGCCGGUGCAGGAGACACAGCAGAGAGCACAGCUAACACUGUGCAGCAGUUGGAUGAGAAGGACGCUCGCCGUUUCCAGCUGAAAAUCGCUGAGCUAAGCGCCAUCAUUCGCAAGCUGGAGGACCGCAAUGCUCUGCUCUCAGAGGAACGCAAUGAGCUGCUGAAGCGUCUUCGUGAGGCGGAGAGCCAGUAUAAGCCCCUCCUGGAUAAAAACAGGCGCCUGAGUCGAAAGAAUGAAGAGCUCGCUCACGCUUUCAGACGCAUGGAGAACAAACUGCGCUUCGUCACACAGGAGAACAUAGAAAUGAGGGAGAAAGUGGGGACGCUGCGCCGGCCGAGCUCUCUAAACGACCUGGACCAGAGCCAGGAGGAGAGAGAGAUCGAGUUCCUGAGACUGCAGGUCCUCGAACAGCAGAACAUCAUUGAUGAUCUGUCCAAGGCAUUUGAAACAGCUGGAUACGUGAAGAGUGUAAUAGAAAGAGACAUGCUGCUAAGGUACAGGAGGCAAGACACUGCACGCAGGAAGAGGAGCUUCAAGGCUUGUAAGCCAGUAGUUGAGACAUUCUAUGGCUAUGAUGAAGAAGGCUCUAUAGACUCUGAUGGCUCAUCCAUAUCCUACCAUACUGAUAGAACACCCUGCACACCAGACGAUGAUCUGGAGGAGGGAAUGAUGAAAGAAGAGACUGAGCUGAGGUUUCGUCAGCUGACGAUGGAAUAUCAGGCCCUGCAGCGUGCCUACGCUCUGCUUCAGGAACAGGUCGGAGGCACCUUCGAUGCUGAGAAAGAAGUCAAGACACGAGAGCAGUUGCAGGCAGAGCUGAACCGUUAUCAGACCAGAAUAGCAGACCUUGAGCGUGUGCUGAGUCAGCAGGGACAGGAUGUAAAGUGGAUUGAGGAGAAGCAGGCCUUAUACCAACGGAACCAGGAGCUGGUGGAGAAGCUGAAACAUAUGGAGACAGAAGAGAUGCGCUUAAAGCAUGAAAUUCAGGAUGCAAAAGACCAAAAUGAGCUCUUAGAGUUCCGCAUUCUAGAACUUGAAGAGAGGGAGAGGAGAUCUCCAGCCAUAAACUUCCAGAAUAUCCACUUUGCAGAUGGCAUGAGCCCACUGCAGGUGUACUGUGAGGCAGAGGGCGUCACUGACAUCAUCAUCACAGACUUGAUGAAAAAACUGGACAUUCUGGGGGAUAACGCCAAUCUCAGCAAUGAGGAGCAGGUGGCCGUCAUUCAUGCUAGAACAGUUUUAGCUUUAGCAGAAAAGUGGCUAGAGCAAAUUGAGGUGACCAAAUCGGCAUUACAACAGAAAAUGCUGGACAUUGAGAGUGAGAAGGAGCUCUUCAGUAAACAGAAGGGAUAUUUAGAUGAAGAGCUGGACUACAGGAAACAGUCGAUGGAUCAGGCCAAUAAGCGUAUCCUGGAGCUGGAGGCGAUGUUGUUUGAUGCACUGCAGCAGGAGGAGGCGGGAGCUAAGGUGGCCGAGCUGCUUUCGGAGGAGGAUCGAGAUUCGCUCAGGAGAGCUGUCGAUCAGUGGAAGAGGCAGGUCCUCAGCGAAUUACGGGAGAGAGAUGCUCAGAUACUCCGUGAGAGGAUGGAGCUGCUGCAGCAUGCUCAACAGAGAAUUAAAGAGCUAGAAGAAUGGAUCGAAGCACAGAAACGACAGAUAAAGGAAUUAGAAGAAAAGCCUUCAUUCUUUGGUCCUAACUCUUCCAACACGCCAGAAAUGUCGACAGGUUUCCAGACUGUUUUCUGCCUUCUGUAAGAGAGGAGAACAGAAGAGAGGACAGCUCUGUAAUCAGCUCGGGUGAUUUUUGGAAGUCCAGCGAUCCUCUGCUGUUCUCACAGCCUCAACUCAAGCUUCUCCUCGGGACCUAAAGCUAAGGGAAUAUGGUGCUCUCUCUCUCUUUCUCUGUCUUUAUAUCUCUCUCUCCAGUGGACUGAAACUGUUUUUAUCCUGCUGACCUUUGAACUUUGCUCCAUGUGACCUCUUCUUGCGUGUGGAAUUUAAGGAGUCUUAAAUUGAAGCGCUCUCUUUCCUUUCCCUGCUAAGCAGGUGGUGCUGGACGCUGCUUCCCUUUGGAAGCCUGGUGGAUCGAGAGGUGUUACGUUAAAUCCCCCACCCCUCACUGUUUACACUCUGCUUUGGGUACUGAUGGCACACGCGGUGCCCGCCAGGUGGAGCCGGACGUCCCUCCCUCUUCCGUACUCUCUCAGACACACAUACAUAAACACUACAGCAUACCGGAACCGAAAGCCAAACCCCUCGGGUUAUGAAAUAUUUGAUUUUUGUAAUGUAAAAGAACAGUAUUUCAAAUAAAUUUCUCAAAAGAGAACCUGCAAACCUGAA